GAGGAGCAAAAAAAGUCGGUAGCGAUGCUUUACUUUUAGCCGACUCCUUUAAAGUCGGCGGCGAAACAACACUGUGCGCCGAUUUCGUGCUUUGUAUUUCUCCCUCGCCCCAGCGAAGGGCCAGCGAACUCCCGAUGUGAGCUAUGUUCUUCUCCAAAACCCCGCCUUCGCCUCAACCAUGGCGUUGCGUUCCCAAGAUAAAACCCUACCCUCUCUUUAUCCCCCUCUCCAAUGCCUCCUCCUCCGCUUCAUGUUUCCCCCUCACCAAGAAGAACCCUAGAAGAAUCCUUAUACAAACCACCUCUUCUUACUCCCCCCAAUCUCCUCCUCCUACUCCGACGACACCAUCGGUGGAACGGAACCGAAGAUGGAAGAAGGUGCCCCCCGACAUGGGACCUCCCGUGGGGCCGAGCUUCGUCGAGGACGAGGGAGACGCUGCGGGGGCGGAGGGCUCCUCCUCGGCCCAAGUGGCCCGUGGCCCUGAAGCGGGAGUGGGUGCGCGGGGAUUAGGGUUCCUACGAAGGCGAUCGAUUUGGAGAAAGGUUGUAUCUUUCGUGCCGAGGAAGGUUCGGAGCAUCGUCUUACUCAACGUCCUCAGCGUUAUCUUUGCCAGUAAUAUAUGCGUUGUGAAAGAGGCUGAAGUCAUCACAGAUCCUGCAGUCUUCGCCGUAGUGCGAUUCGCUGUAUCUGCCGUCCCAUUCAUACCUUUUGUAUUAAAGGCGCAUGAGGACAUGCAGAUCCUUACUGCAGGAGUAGAAUUAGGGUUUUGGGUCAGUUUAGGAUACCUUGCUCAGGCUGUUGGAUUACUUACUUCUGAUGCUGGGCGUGCUUCUUUUAUUUCCGCUUUCACGGUAAUCAUUGUGCCGUUGAUAGAUGGCAUCAUUGGAGCUGCUGUGCCAGCCUAUACAUGGGUCGGAGCAUUUGUAUCUCUCAUAGGGGUUGCUAUGCUAGAGUUCACUGGCUCUCCUCCCUGCGUUGGUGAUAUUCUAAAUCUUCUCAGUGCUGUAUGUUUUGCAAUUCAUAUGCUUAGGACAGAGCAUAUAUCACGAAGUAUUAAGAAAGAAAACUUUCUAACUCUCCUUGGAUGUGAGGUAAUCAUCGUAGCUUUAUUCUCAACAAUCUGGUUCAUCCUUAAAUGCUUGUUUCAUCAUGUGAAGCGAUGGAGCUUGAGUUCGUUGUCAUGGUCAAAGUUCUUGUGUUGGAUGGUUUCAUUUCCGUGGGUUGCUGCUCUCUACACGGGCAUAUUCUCAACUGGCUUGUGUUUAUGGGCUGAGUUGAGUGCCAUGCGUGACGUAUCCGCAACUGAAACUGCAAUUAUUUAUGGCUUGGAGCCUGUAUGGGGUGCUGCCUUUGCAUGGUUUCUACUUGGUGAGAGGUGGGGUGUUGUUGGAUGGAUCGGAGCUGCUCUUAUUAUUGGUAGUUGCUUGACAGUCCAGAUCCUCGGAUCACUUCCCGAGAUAUGCAAAUGGUACAAAGGCAGCGGCCAAAUGAAUGCUUGAAUGCAUCAAAUACAAAGAGCAGUUCUUUUCGGCUGUUCUCAUUGAUUCUCUACAAAAUGAAGCUGAUGCUCAAAAAAGGUAAGUUGCUUGGUUCAUGAGUAUUUGAUUAGCAUGAUGAUCAGAUAAUCUCAUGGGAUACAGUAAAGGAGGCCGAGAGCAGAAAACUGCAGAAAUUUUGGGGGACGUUCGUGCGUACAUAUCACUUUGUCGACUAUUUGUUUGACCGGAGUUGACUAUGACGAUCUCAAUUUGGAGAACUUCUAACCAUACUCUCGAGAGAUUUUUCAAGCAACUCAAGAGUGGUAUGAAACGGAAAGGAUGGCGGCAACCUGGUAAUAAAUGGUGCGUGAUAAUUCUUCCUCUCAAAGUAAAAACUGUCAAAAAACCUGAGUACAUGAUUCUAAUCCUGGUUGUUGUAUAUUUCAUCUCAGAAUUUGUUGCAUUUUAACCUAUAAUUUGGCAUAUCACAAUCCAUUUUUGUUGUAAAAACUCUUUAUUGUAUAAACUGAUGUUGAAUCAGUGGAAAUUAAAUUGAUCCCUACUUGAUGUCA